AAACAAGCAAGACAAAAACUUUUGUUAUCAAUAAUUGUUAUAAUUAUAAAAAGGUAUCAAGGAAUUAAGCGUAUUAACUAUCUAAUUACGUAAAUGGUGAUAAGGAUGCAUACAUACGUACAAUCAUUAAAUUAUGUAAAUAUUUAAGAUUCCUAAAAAAAAUCCAACAGUUAACGUAAUUAUGGUUAAUUGUUGUAACACGAUGUGUUCGUCUUGUGGGACAAUAAUAAUAUUAUGUCCAAGUUGUUCCCCUCUUAUUAUUCCGACGAGAUAAUACAUUAUCGGACUUAAUAUUCCUCAGUAAAUGGUUUGGUUAGUUCUUGUUUACUUAUUGAUAAUUAUUUUACAAGACCGUGAUGUGUAUGCAGCAGAAGCAAUCUUAUUCAGUGAUCAACAACAUUAAAUGCUAACAAUGUAGAGUAUUUAUAUAUAUAUAUAUAUAAAUAUCUGCAGUUUACCGUUUAUGAAUGCUGUAACGUUCCUUAAACAAUAUUUGUAUAGAACUGUUUUUACGAGUCCAAUAAAAUGGUUAUACAAAACUCCAACAACAAUGUUGCCUAUUACACAGGAUACACUUACAGUUCAAUACAAAGGCUACAUAAAAUUGGAAAGAUGCAUGGAGUCAAGAGAGUUAUGAUAUUCUGUGUGAUGACCACAAUAUUACCAACUUUCUUGAUUGUGACCCCAUUGUAUCUCAGACAUAGCAUCUUUGCUGAUGUUUCUUACCCGGUGGCUGAAUCUGAUGUGGUAGCAAUAAUGGACGGUAUAUCAUCCAUUUUCUGUGAAUCCCAAACAUUGAGAAUGAAUACUUCCUUCAAUGCAUUUCAAUUGAAACAGUCUCCUGAGCUUAGUCCCAAGCGUAAGCAUAUUCGUCUAAAGAAGUCUAUGACUCUCCCAGACGAUACAUUGGAAUAUUGGGGAUUUUAUCUGUUGAAGGGUGCAACUGUCUCACUGAAAGUAUGUUCUAGAUAUGAAGGUUCCAGGCUUUUAGUUGUGCGAGGAGAAAAGAAUCUGAGGACCUGUGGAUUACUGGAUCACAAUCAGAAAAAGUUUGGAGCAACCAUGGAUGUUGAAUACAAACAGGUGAAAGUAACAUUUGAACAUGCCCAGGAACUUGGAGAUGUAAAUGAAUUGAAUCGGAACAAUGCAGCAGAAGAAGGAAUUGGAACAAAUGCAGAUGUGUUUGUUAAGCAGAGGCUAAAUAAAAGCAAAAAGAUACUCAAGGAACCUGUCCAUCCAAAAAGACAUGCACAUAAGAAGCACUUGUUAAGUGAGGAGGAAGAGAUUAAAUUAGAUGAGAUUCAACAUGAAGAAACGCGCAAUAAACGAGACAUUAAUCAAAUAUUGGAUGGAAGAAUUGAGCAUGGUGGAAAUGCUAUUAAUUACACAAAAGAUCAAUCGUUUGAAAAUAGCGUUUCCAGUUUUGAGACUGACCUACUAACAUGUUAUGAUGGCUCAAUUUUAUUAACACAAGGUUUUAAUCCCUCAAAGCUUUGCACUGAUGUACAUUAUUUAGAUCGUAGUGAACACAUGGAAACAAUCCACGAGGUUGGAAGUGAUGGAUAUUAUUAUUACAUCUUUUACUCUGACAACGAUUUCAUUACGAAUGAUAUUCACGCAGUCUUUGAUGUAUACAAACCAACAUACCAAUAUAUGAACAACUCUAAAGACAAAGAAUGCAUCAAUGUUACUGAAUGCCACUUUCCAAUCAAAUUUUGGUCUGAUGAAAGAGUAAUAGUGGAGGUACCAACUCAUGAUGGAAUAGAACACGAAGAAGAUAAUAUUGCUUUAUUAAUUAGCACAUGCCACCCAAGAAUGGGUAUUUAUAUUGUUUUUCCUAUAUCAGUUAUGUUCCUCAUUCUUGGUUGUGCUUUCUUAUAAAGAUUCACUCGAUAAUACUACCUCCUAAUGACUGAAAUUAUAUAUAUAUAGUCCUUUUUAAUUAUUAUAUUCUAGUCUAAUAUUUUCAAUGUUGAUGGUUGUUUUAAGUCGUAAGUCAGUUAACUACGUACAAAUUGAUGUGUACAAAUACCGAAAUAAGGCUGUUCAAUUUUUAUUUCUAUUAUAACGUUUUUACUGUUUCGUCAGUUGUAGUUGGAAUUUUUGUGCCAAUAAUAGUAGUUUUCUUUUUUAUUAUUAUUAAAUCAAUAAUUUUAAAGUAUGUGAUGAAGAUUAUAUUUUUAACUUUAAAAUUUAUAUAAUGUACCAAG